GCCGCCAUUGGCUCACGGCGCCAUCCGGGCACUCGGCGCGGCGCCGCCGCUCGGCCCCAUCGUCCCAAUAUGGCGGAGGCUUCCUUUGGGAGUUCGAGCCCAGUUGGCUCUUUGUCAUCUGAGGAUCAUGACUUUGACCCAUCUGCUGAAAUGCUGGUACACGAUUAUGAUGAUGAACGAACUCUUGAAGAAGAGGAAAUGAUGGAAGAAAGCAAAAAUUUCAGCUCUGAAAUUGAGGAUUUAGAAAAGGAAGGAAACAUGCCGUUGGAAGAUUUACUAGCAUUCUAUGGCUAUGAACCCACAAUUCCAGUUAUGCCAGGUUCCAGUGCGAAUAGCUCACCGAGUGAACUUGCAGAUGAACUUCCAGAUAUGACUCUAGAUAAAGAGGAAAUCGCUAAAGACCUGUUGUCAGGUGAUGAUGAAGAAACACAGUCUUCUGCUGAUGACUUGACACCAUCAGUUACUUCUCAUGAAGCUACUGACUUCUUUCCUCGGCCACUAAGAUCAAAUACCACAUGUGACGGAGAUAAGGAAUCUGAUGGUGAAGAUGUAGAGACAGACAAUGGUAAUUCAUCUGAAGAUUUGAGAAAGGAAAUAAUGGUUGGUUCACAAUACCAGGCUGAAAUUCCAGCUUGCCUUGGCAGAUGCAGUGAUGAUGAAAAGCCUUAUGAAAAUGAAGACCAUUUACUUUGGAAACCUGAUGUGAUCUCAGAAAGUAAAGUUAAAGAAUACCUUUUUGAAACCUCCUUAAGAACAGGAAAUGAAAAAAUGAUUGGCAGAAUUCCUGAAGGACUACAUACACGGGACAAUGAGCAAGCGCUGUAUGAACUUCUUAAAAGUAGCCAUAAUGUUAAAGAAGCAAUUGAGAGAUACUGCUCAAAUGGAAAGGCAUCUCAGGAAGAGAUGACAGCAUGGACAGAAGAAGAAUGCAGAAGCUUUGAAAAUGCACUUCUGAUGUAUGGAAAAGACUUUCAUCUCAUACAGAAAAACAAGGUAAGAACCAGAACAGUUGCUGAGUGUGUGGCUUUCUACUACAUGUGGAAAAAGUCGGAACGUUAUGAUUACUUUGCUCAGCAAACAAGAUUUGGAAAGAAGAAAUAUAACCAUCAUCCAGGAGUUACAGACUACAUGGAUCGCUUAGUAGAUGAAGCAGAAUCCCUUGGAGGAGCAGUGCAUUCUUCAGCCUUAACAUCUAACAGUCGAACAGAAACCAUUCCUGAUCAACAACUAAGCAUUCUGAACUCUAUCACUGCCAAUGAGUUGACAGCACUGACAAACAGUGUAGCUACAGUCUGCCACAAUUCAGAUGUGAACUGCCUGGAUGACGCUUUUCCUCCUAUGGACAGCUUACCCCGAGCACCAGUUAAUCAUGUGCCUGUUGGAACAGAAGAAUUACUUAACUUGCCUAGCAAUGGUGAAAGUGAUUGUUUUAAUUUAUUUGAGACUGGCUUUUAUCAUUCAGAGCUAAACCAAAUGAACAUGUGCAGUGAGGAGGCAGAAAGACCUGCGAAGAGAUUGAAAAUGGGGAUUGCUGUCCCAGAAUCUUUCAUGAAUGAUGUUUCUGUAAAUAACCUUGGUGUGGACUUUGAGAACCACACACACCAUAUUACCAGUGCCAAAAUGGCUGUUUCAGUGGCUGACUUCAGCAGUCUAUCUUCAAAUGAGACAAAUGGUUUUAUCAAUACCCACACUCUCCACCAACAUGCUGCCCUUCAUUCAGAAUGACUGUGGAAAACUAAAGAAACAGUGGGUACUUUAUGCAGUAGUAGUAAACUUGAUGGGAGCUAUCAGGUUUGCUUAGUCUUUCACUGGAAGUUUGAACUUUAUGACAUCAGUGAUGUCUUUGUAUGUAUAGAACUAUAUCUUGAUUUAUCAAGAGUAAUUUCUUUUUUCAGUCCAUAAAUGUGGAAAUGUCAUAGGAUGUGUGGCAGAGUUUGGGACUAAGAGAACUCUGUGGUGCAGCUUUAAGCUCUGCUUCAUUUUUUUUUCCUAAAGCCUGUAGACAGAGGCCACCGUUUCAAAACCAGCACAGAAGUUCUGAACGGAUUGGAGUGGCUUUUUUAGUUUAAGUUACUUUUACCGUAAUGGAUGCAGUGGAAUAACAAUGUUUACAGGUACCAAUCCUGAUCCCUGCUCAAUGUAGCAUUCCCACCCUCCCCCCCCCCCUUAUAAAGGCAGGGAUGGGUUUCUUUAUUUUAAACUGCACAAACAUACAAGGAUGUUUUUUAAAUGGAACCUUCUCUCAUGUGAUACUAAACUAGAGCACUUCAGUUUACAAAACAGCAAAUUCAUGUUGGUGGAAGCUAGCACAAGGGACUUAAGAUGAGAAAAGUGAAGAUCUACACUUGAAUGCUGUUGCAAAAUUAAAGGUCAUGGCUACCUUACACAGAAGUAAUCAUGCUGCCAUAGACGUCUGUGUACUUCAAACUUAGCAGCUUAAACAGAUGAGUUUUAGGCUAUAUUGUGUUUGGAUAGGAUUUGUCCACAACUUUGAAGAGUAAUGCAAUCGUGUACCUUAACUUUCCUAAGGCAGCUGAUGUAUAAUACUACAGUCUGCACAGCUUAGGAUUUACCACUAAACAGUCUACAUUUGGAAGACAUCUUAAGUUGUUUGGAGCACUGCAGUUCUAAGUGUUACAGUUUUGAGGGACUAUCUAGUUUAUGUAGUAAUAGUAGAACCUUGAAGUACAUGCUUGAAAGUUUUAUUUAGCGUGGAUUGCAUUUAUUUGUUUUGGCAAGUCAUUGGCUUCAAAAUGGCACUUCACUUCCUUGGUCAAAAUUUAUGGGAUGAGUAAAAAUGCAUCCCAUAAAAGCAAGUAUUUAACUUCAUUACGUUUCUUUAUUUUGAACCUUGAGUGCAAUUUAGCCAUCCAGGAUGUUUGUGUUGCAAACAUUUGUUUCAAUUGCUGCAGGAACCAAGCAUAGUAUUGGCUUGUGACACAUCAUAGCAUGCAACUUGCAGGGUGUUCUAAUGAAAGCUUGAGCCCCACUUCAGUAGGAUUACCCCUGUCCCUCCAUACUUUUUCUUUGCACUGUUUGUAAUACAAAUUUAAUUGCCACUAAUUUGUUUUCAUUAUUCAAGCGAUUAAGUUUGCAUUGUUGAUAUUUUUAAUAGUUGCUUCAAGGUUGUGCUGAGUAAUUAGAAACUAGUGACUUUAAUAUUUGAAAGGGAAGAGGGUAUUUAUUAUGCAUACUGUGAACUGCAUUGACAUCCCGAGUUUCAGAUGCAGCAUAUGGAGUUUUCUUUACAGCAUUGUAAUGAAGAUUGCUUUGAAGUGUUUAUGCAAUAGCACAUUUAUCAUAUUAAAAACAAAUUAGUUUAGCACAGUGGACAAAAGUAGAUAUGAUUUUGUAAUCAGUUCUUAACUUAAACAUCUGAAAUAUUUAACUUUAGUAAGUACACAGUAAAUAACGGGUAGCCUUGGCCCUGUGUUGUACUCUUGACAUUCUUAGCCAAGUUCUCAGCUUCUUACUGCUGUGUUUUGUGCUGAACUUUGUACCUUGUUUCUUUUGUUUAUGAAUCAACCCAUUAUAAGGAAUUUUGUAGAAUUCUGGCCAUAAUCUUCCAUUGUUAUACAUUCAAGUUUAUGGGUUUACAGUGAGUGGCUGGUCUGUAGAAAAAUCAUACAAAGAUGACUGAAUGCUUAUACCAGUUGCACUUAAAUGAACAUGCCCAUUUUCAUUAGUUGAUGCAGUAAUAUACUCAGUUUAUCUAUGCAUUGCUGGGCUCUUAAUGUAGGCAGAGACUUGUCUAAGGUUUGGGUUGUCAGCAAGUUGAAUGGACACUUUAGUUAUUUAAUAAAGACUUUGACCAAAAUUCAGAAAAUGGUAUGAGAGAAAAAUGAUUUCCGGGUAGUCUAAUAUAAAUGCUGAUCUUACUUAGCCUGUUGGCUAGCUAGCUGGUAUCGUUUACUUUUAAUUCCUUGUUAAAAUGAGGCAAUAAUUUGCAAGAUUUCGUAAAUAUGUAAAUUCUUCAUAUCUUUUUAGAUAUCUCUUUCAAUAUUUUCUGACUACUUCUGUGUAUAGUAACAUUUUUGUGCAUGCUUGAUGUGACAUUCAUAAAUUUGUACCACUAUGACUUUAUCCAUGUAAAAUAGCUAUUUAUUGAACUUUACUUUUAAAAGCUGGACUUAAGUUUUUUGCUCUCAGUUUAAACAUUCAGAUGGAGAACUUGUUACUGUUUAUUAAAAGAAUUGUGUUUUUAAA